GUCUAUUGAAUGUCUGAAGGGCAUAGAUGGUACUUUAUCGGAGAGAAAUUUGAUGUAGAACUCGCUAAUAAAAUUUGUAAACCAUGGAUUAUAAUCAAAAAUUCACAUCCGAUUUGGAUGACAUCAAUGUCGAUGAAUUAUUGAAAUUCUGCAGGUAUAUAAUUAAAGGUUCCAAAAUUUUUAACAUCGGAUAUAUCAUAUUUGUUUUUGUAUUAUAAGUUGCGGAAAAUUUGUAUCUAAAAUCAUAUUGCAAUAUACUAACUUACAUGGGCUUGGUAAUAAGUUUAUAUUACAAAUUUUAAUUUAAAGUUACCUCUCCUUGAAAAUCCUUUUAUUAAACAGACAAUGGGUCGGGAAUUAGUCUCAAUAUUUAAUUAAUUGAUGGAUUAAUUUCAGCACUAAGUAAUAUAGAGUCAGUAAGAAUUGGUGCUAAACUUUCUUGCUCUUAAAUCUUCAAGAUUCAGCAUAGGCAAUAAAAGGGUGACACUUUUGUGCAAAACUGUUUCAAUACCAGAAGAAAUUGAAAGAGCCGCCCGUAGCUAUAGUACUUAAUAGGUCGGUUAGAACCAAGUCUCUUUUCUGAUGUCUGAGUGAAUAAUAUCCCUGUCUGAAUACAACUUGCAAGUUUAAUAAAUAAUAAACUAUCCUUGUUUAUUUACAGGAAGUUACACAGCGAAAAUGAUAUUGAUAAGAACGAUAAGCCAUCCUGUUCGGGUAAUGAAGAAGUUCCAGGAGACCUAAAGAGCUUUUUUGAACAUCCUCUGACUACCAAUAGGCAAGAGAGCGGGAAUGCACUUUUACAUGAAUAUCAAAAUUUCGGAAAAAUUAGAGAAGAGGAAGCGUCAUCGAGCUCUUUUGAUAGUUUAAGCAAAGGAAAUUUUGAAAAGAACAAGAACUGCUUGGUUCUAUUAACUGACCAAUUCCUCAAUAAAGAUGAACGAUUAGCAUCGCCAAUCAGCUCACCUCAAACUGUACAUGAUGAUGAAUUUGCUGAAGUGAAGCAGGAAAAUGAAAAAGAAUAUCUUGACUUUUGCAUGGAAAGAAUGGAUUGUCCAACAACUGAAAUUCCUGUGUCUCUUUCUGUAGACAUACCGCCAACAUCAGAUGUAUGCUGCACGACUGCAAAUAGCAUUCAAUCUUUAAUUAAUAGUUCUGGAAUGGCAGGUUCCAGGCAGACACUUCAAAGCGUUAUUGAAGCUAUUACCCAAAGACGUAUCAACAAGGCAGAAAAUAUCAGUUUAAGAGAAGCUCUUGAGAUGACAAACAAUAAUGAACAGCUUUCGCUUGUUUGCCCGGCAGAAGCAGAGGGUAAGCCGCAAAAUACGCUCAUAAAAAGAAGACCGGGUCAUAAAGGUAGAAAAAUAGCAAAGAAAGGAAAAUCAUUGAAUAAUUUAACCCGAAAUCAGAAUGGCAAUUAUCCUCUGCCAGAAAAUGAAUCGUCUUUGGUAUAUCCUGAUAUGUUUUAUCCCUACCCUGGAGUGUCACCAGUUUUAGUUUUGCCAGAUAAAUUCUUAAUAAAGUCUGAGGCCCCUCCUUCUCCAGUAGCAAAUCAAACCAUCAAUACAUACUCAGAACAACCGUCGUAUGUGUAUACGACAUCGCCAAAUCCUGUAUUUAAUUUCGAAGAGCAGAGAAGAACUUCUAUGACAAGCACUAGCAGUCUUUCUAUCGAUAAUUUUCUGUCAGAUUUCAGUGAAAAAAUUCUAUCUCCUGAAUCAGACACAUCGAUGGAUUUUACUUUUAAAGCAGGCAAUAGAACAAUAGAAGCUCUUUCAAAUAAAAUUCGCAAAAGACAGCAAUCACGAACUGAGAGUGAGAGUGGUGAAGAAAUUGGGAAGAGAAUUUGCUUACGAGCACUGUCUAAUGAUGAAGGAAUUAGUAUGAAAAGUCCUGACUCAGGUUAUAAUGAAGCCUGUUCAUCUCCAACAGACUCAGUGACUUAUGACGACUACGAGAAACAUAGAAACCCUUUCUCACAUGUUAUGCCAAAUAGCCCUAUCUACAAAGAGAAUAGCAGCUUCACUCAUAUUGCUAAAUUGGAAAAUGAUAUGAGUGGCUACCAGUUUUUUCUGGAGGCCCCUAUUUCGACAAGUCAAAAAUUAGAUGAAGAUCGGAUGACUUAUUUAAAUAAAGGAGCUUUUUAUGAUUUAUCCUUAGAGUUACACCAAAACUUAACGAAUAGACCAAUUCCUAUACACGAUGUCAAGUCAAUUGUUCAAGUUGUUUUUCGGCAAGGAAUAAAAGGUGUUCUCAACGAAGACGAAGCGUGGAAGUUUUGGCAUUCAAGACAACACAGUAGUAAAACAAGGGUAUUGGAUGUUGAUAUUAAUAACAGUAAAGGAUUUAGUAUCAAGUCUAUUGAAGAGAUCGCCAAUAAUGGAAUAGCCGUCAGAUGGAACCCGAAAGCUGGAAAAGCCAUGAUUCACAUUGCUAUCAAUUGCCUCAGUACGGACUUCAGCUAUCAAAAAGGCAUAAAGGGACUACCUCUUCACAUUUUAAUUGAUACUUUUGAGGACGAAAAAUCCGACUUUCCCUUCCACCGAGCGUAUUGUCAAGUGAAAACAUUUUGUGACAAAGGAGCAGAGAGAAAAGCUAGAGAUGAAGAAAGGAGGAGAUUGGCUAGAAAUAAGGCACCAGCAGGCUCAAGGCAUAAACCGAAAAUAGAAGACUCAAAGAUUUGUCAUCCAUAUUGUGAAAGAUCUUUCUUCUACAGUAUGAGAAACUUAUACUUUAAACCUAUACUCUUUAAACCCAAUUUAUCAACCAACUUAACAAAUGAAUACGUUAAAGAUAUGGAUAUAGGAUUAGACUCAUUCCACAAUUUAGAUGUCUACAAUGGUGCGACAUUACUAACUGAGGAUAGUAGCAGAGUGCUAUUAUACGUUCGAGAAAGGCAAGAAACUGUUUUUACACCGCUCCAUCUAGCAGACUCCUCUGUAAACUCCUUGAAGGAAGCAAUAGAAAAAAAAUACUCAAUUUCGUCCACCAAGGUUCAUAAUAUAUACAGACGAUCUAGAAAAGGUAUCAUAGCGAAAAUGGAUGAUGAUCUCCUCAAACAUUAUUGUAAUGAGUCUACAUUCCUGAUAAGCCUCAUUCGCUUGACUGAAGAACAGAAUCCCGACUUUUGCUAUUAUAAUGUUACCCUAACCGAAAUCGAUGAGUAAACAAUUACAGCUUAUGAAGAAUCAUUUUCAUUGCUGAAAGAUGUCGUUGACCGUUUCAACAGUAUUAAAAAAUUUGUGGAAAAGGAAUAGUUGAGAUUCAAUAGAAAAUCUAACAUCUAGUUACAAUAUUUUUAUUAGAUUUUUAAAUGAACAAUAACAAAUAAAGAAAUUAGAAAUUAGUUAGAAAUGUUUUGUUUCAAAAAGAAUUGCAAUAAGUUUUGUUUACAAUACUCCAAUCACGUGAAUAAUAAUAACAAGUGGAU